UUGGCUACUAUUGAGCCUUAUGUAAAACAGUGUGUGUUCCCUUUUGAGCCCAGAAUGGGAGCAGAAAGACCACAAUAAUAAACCUGCAUGCUUCUUAAUGCUCCAUGCAGACAAUAGCUCGCGAAAUCAACUCUUUCUGAAUACUUGGUUGCCUGGAAACUUCAGCAGAGUCUUUCAGAGUGAGGACUGUGUGUGCGGCCCUCGAUACUGUCUGGGCUUCAGCUGGUUAACACUGUCGGUGUGUGAGCGCGGCAGACGGGGCGACCGUUGAUUGCCUCUCGCAUGAACGUCUUUGUGGACACAAAGCUCAGGCUGUAAUCGGCUGAAUUUCUUUCUGACAAGACAAAGAUGGACCAACCGGAGGAUUAGGAUUUAUUUGAAAUGUCACACGUGUGCAUCAGCACCUCAGAGCACGACGACUCAGGGACAGUUUGCUCGGAGCUGAGAAGAUGAAACGACCCAUUUUGGAAGGCUGACAAAAAGAGGAGACUGGCGAGGCCUUGGCAACCCGCGGCGUGCUUGAACCAUUCCCGAGGCCUGAUUUAUAGAGGCCUAUUCACUCACCUUCAAAAGCCAUCGAGCCGGGUGCAAAUGAAAGACCUUUGCAUGCUGUUCCACACAAGCCCGUUUGGAUUGAGUGAAAGAGCCAACAAAAAUAACAACAACCCUCUACCGUUGUGAUCUGGCUUUAUGACCACUGUGCCAUGACAACCCGUCGUGAAAUAGAUUUUAAAGGUUACUAAGGGAUCGCUCAAGCCAAGAACAUGCUGUUUUGAAAUCUAACAACAGGAAAUGCAGGCCUGAGCUGUAACCAUGGGAACGGCGGUGGAGGUGGGGCAGCUUGAAAGCCGCAUGAACGCUAAGGAUUAUAUGCAUUUGCAGAGCAUUUUUGUUGACUGUUCAGGAAAACCCCGCUCCUUGUCCAGAACGGAAUUCAUCCAUCUUGCUUGGAGAUCAGCAGACCGUGGAUCCAAACAGGAGUAUGGCCUCCUGUUCGACAGCGUUGUGGUCACUCAGAAGAGCAGCAGCCUCCUCCACAGCAGUGAUGAGGUGAAGAAAGAGGGCCACGUCGACUGGGGAGCACUGUGCUCUUUUCUGCUGGAGGAGACUUGGAGGAAACUUAACCAAACCAAAGACUUUAACGUGCCUCUAUGGAAACCGCGGCGCACCCUGACCUGUCCACACCGAGACUCUGUGCAGAAGGUGUUGUACCUGCAGAGUUCAGAUCAGUAUCUGACUGUUAGCAAAGGAGGAAAGGUGGUCCUGUGGCAAGAAGUGGACCUGUCCGUUCUUUCCACCUGUCGUCUGCAAAACAGCACAGUUGCAUCCAGGGACCUAUGGGUCACAGAUGUGGUUCUCCUGCAAAACGUGCAAAAGAUUGCUGUGUCUUUCACAUGUGAGGAGGUUUGCUUCUAUGAUUUGAGAUCCAAACAAGACUUUCCAUGCAAGUAUAAACUUCAGGGUUUGAGGUUUGCUCCCUGGUGUCUGGACUACUGGAUGGAUCCCUGUGAUGCUGACCAGGCUGUCCUGACCAUAGGGGACACUGGAGGACAGGUCAGUGCAUUGCAUUUCACCUCGGCUCAAACCUCCUUGUUUGAGAGCCGCUGUCUGCAGCUGGACUCUGACUCAGCAAAAGUGGUUUCCUGGGAUCAGCUUGUCAAAGGCAGACAUUCCUGCUGCCGCAUGGAGACUCACAAAGCCCACGCCCCCGCCUGGGUCAGAAAAGUGCUUUACCUGUCAUCGCUCAGAGCUUUUGCGUCAUGCAGCACCAGGCCGCAGAGCAGCAUGGUGAUUGGCUGGAGAGACGAGGGCGCUGGAAAGAUGCGAAUUACAUCAUACGUCACAAGAAAAGGCGUUUGGGACAUAGAUUACCACCGUCAAUGGAAUCUGAUAGCUACAGCAGGUUUGGAUGACCAGGUCUUACUGUGGAACCCUUAUGUGACCUCUGAGCCGGUGUGCGCUCUCGCUGGACACUUGAAUGAGGUAACUGCAGUUCGCUUCAUGCAGACCAAGGAUCAACUGCUCAGCUUCUCCAAAGACAAGGUUCUGUGUCUGUGGGACGUGUCCAGUCAGCUGUGUGUGCAGCGUGUAGCUGGUGUGUUUCCAAAGGUGCAAGAGGACACCCACACGCUCCUGUUUCUCAGAGAAGAGCGCCAGCACCUCCUCCUUUCAUUCAACAGUCGUCUCCUCCUGCUGGAGGGCACAGAGGAGGAGAAGAGGACCAUGACCUAUGGACACACUCUGAAUUCUGCGCUGCGCAAAAGUCUGUGUAGACAAGAAUAGAGGUCAAUAGAUUUGUCCUGAUUAUACCAAGCUCUCACCAACAAACCAUCUACAAAAUGGUUUUUGUUCAAAAAGUAGCAGCAAGUGCUAUGCAGAAAAAAACAAAUGAUAAAAUGUAAAAAAAAACAACAACAACCCAGUCAUGCACGAAGAGAAGAUGCAAACUCCAGCCAGGAUUUGAACCACUGCCUUCUCACUGUGAAGACAGAGUGCUGACCACUACAUCACUGUGCAGCCCUCCUCUUUAAAACUGAGGAUUGUCUUUCCUGUCCAGUUGCAGCUUCAGCUGCAGAUCUUUGAGCUGUUGAAAAAACAAAAAUCUGCAGUUUCUCCUGGUAUUAUUCAUUUGAGGAAGCUCUCGUUGUUUUGAUAUUUCUUCUCUGUAGCAGGUCAGCAGCAGGUCUUCCUCCUCUGUGAUCCACUAGCAGGCUCAGGCAGGGCCAAAGCUCAAACUGCUGAAAGGUUGCCACGGCAACGCAGCGGUAGCGUUGUUUACUGCAGCACAAAGCAGAGGGGGAAGAAGCCAACAAGUAAAUCACAUGAGAAGACUAUGAAAUAUUUUGAAUCUUAAGUUAAAAGAACUGUAAAGCUGUACCAUGUGAUGAUGCUUUGGAUUGCAGCUGAAAGACAUUCAUAGCAACCAAAUCAUUUUCAAGGGGAACAAAUGCGUUUUCCAAAGAACCCGAGAAGCAACAACAAAGAGGACAGCCGGACCUCUGCAAAAAAAGCAGAGAUUGUUUCAGUGAAGAGCAGUGCUAAUCUGUCAAAGUGCAGCAUUGUAUUUAUUGUCGGUGUUUAACUUUUACCCACAUAAAGUUUUAUGACAAGUAAGGUUGAAUAUAACUGAAAAAAAACAACCUUAUGAAGUAUGUUUUUCGACUGUGGGAGAAAGCUGGAGUGCCCUCCAAAAAACUCAAUUUUUGUGUCAAUUAAGACAGAAAAGAUAUAAUAUUUCCUACUAAGUGAAGUUUCUGGUACAAAAGUGGGAGGCCUUUCUGAUUUAUUAAUGCACCAAUCUUGGAUUCAUUUUGUUUAAAAAGAAGCUACAGUUUAAACAUAGUAUGUCUCUCGAUUCUCCUAAUACAAAGCUCAUAAAUAAGUGUAAUUUGUUCAUGCUUUAAAAAAAAUUGUUUAAUGUUGGCCCAUAAAAUAGCCCUCAGUCUCAAAAAGGUUGGUGACCCCUGCCCUAAGCUAUUGAAAUGCCAUACUUUUCAAAAAUGUCCAUAGCUUAGAAAAUAAAGCUAUUUUGUUGUCUGAAUGUUUUUCUUUAAAGAAGCAAUGAGAGUCAAAUUUGAAAUGAAGAUGCUGUGAAAUACCAGAAAAAGAAAAAUACAUGGGGUAUACCAGUCUGGCUGCUGUGGGCUUUAGGCUUACCUGAGCCUGUGGAGGGUUUUAGAGAAGGGUGCAAUGGUGUGUCUUGGAGUACCCCUGAAUCCCGUCACCUUGAGGGAGGUCAAAAAUGGGACCUACCAUUGUUGUGCAAUCUGACGAUAAAAUUGGUCAUUUGUAACAGUCGGGCUGCAAAAAUGCAUGUAAGCAGGAUCGAAAAAAUGAAAAAUCUGCACAACACACUUGAGUCUCACCUACGUCACCCUUGAUUACCCUGUUGCAUAAGUGUUCGCUACAAUAUGUUGCUCACAGCGUGUCCGUAGACAUUUUUCAUCUCGCUCUUUGGGCUUUCAUGCACGCCACCUGUGUGUCCCCUACAAGUCUGCCCUUGUUUCGCCCACACACAGCCUAUUUCCACCCAUGUUUCACUCAACUUUAUCUUGAUUUUAUUUAUAAACUGUGUAACUAACCACAAUCAUGGCUCAAAUAUGCACAUAACAUGCCACGUUUCCUAACCAGCAGCAUUCCUGUCAUCCAGUUUUGUUUCUGUGCAGAUACAAUGUUUGCAGCACUUUUUGUUCUCUGGGGUUCAGGUUCACUUGGUCUGAGCGUUCAAGUGAUUUUUUUGUUUUAUUUUUUUCCUUUCAGAUGUCAGUGCCGCCUAAAGAAUCCAGGCUUUACUAAUAAAUGCAGUAAUUACGCAUUUUCCAACCAAUCAGUAUAAUCAGCCACAUCGGCUCUCUGACCCCAUGAGCUCUUGUGAGAGUGCAUCCAUGCAUGUUCUGUGCCUGUGCACACAGCAUCAGGCAGACACCAACGCCGUCAUCUGAGGCUGCCACACAUUUAAUCCUCAGGCUGCCCCCCCUCCCCCUUGGGCCAAUUAGCAACAAGAAGCAUCAUCUCUCCAAUUUUCAUCAACACUGAACCCGUGGUGUAGCCGUUAAUACCAUUCAGGAAUUAAAAUUUUGACCUUUUAAUUGCAACAGUCCCAUUGAGCCAAUCAGUGUUUCUUUGUUAAAUACCACAAACACGGGCAUAAAGGCGUCAUCGUGAGAAAUUGGUCUGAGACAGUGAGAGAUAUUAACAGAGAUGUCACAGUAAAUUAUUGUGUCACAAUAAUAUAUGGAAAAAAAAAGUUUUUGUUUCUCUCUAAAUAAUGAAACACUAAUGAUUUACAGACAGCAAACAAUACUAUUUUAAAUAUUUUCUGGGUAAGAAAAGGAAGCCCUGACAUUAUAACAGGAUACAAAUAACACUAACACAUGCUGUAUGAAACAGCCACUGAAAUAAAAUAACAUUUUGUGAAUGUUUGGUGUAAAUGCAGCUGAAAUUUAUAUAUUUUAUUGAAGUUCAUGGGUUGUGAAACGUUUAAUAGUUGGUGAUUUAAUUUUUAUUCCUUUGGAGUGUACAGUGAAUUUUGUUUGAUUUUGUUCAGAAGAAUAGGAUUAUUCUCGCGAGAAUUUGAGCCUUUUAUGUUGGCCGCAGGUGAGCACGUCUUUUGCUCACGAGGUUGCAACAAUUAGGAGUUCAAGCUGGGAGAAAGAGCUGCAAAAAGAAAUACCUUGGACUCAAAGAGACUCUUUUACUUGACAAGCGGAAACGAGGUAUUUGUUAUGCUUGUUUUGUGUUAUUUUGUAUUGUUUAUUUUCUCCUCAAACAUGUAUAAUGUUUUGUUAUAGUUUUCACGGCGUAAUGAAGGCGUAAUGAAGGCGCAAUGAAAGCGAAGGCACGCAAUGUCCCACAAGAAGUGUGAUGACCUGCAGAAGUACAAAUAAACGCCCGUUGUAAACCGA